GUGCUGGCUUUUGAAAGGAAACAGUGAGGCUAGGCUUGGAUGGUAAAACGCACUGGAACAGACCACACACGCCCUUCCCGGCCUACCACAGCACCAUUUGACGACCGCAUAAAGGUUAUUAAUGAGCGCAUAACGCUGACAGAACGCCACCUCAUGGAAAUAUGUUCGGCAUUUGCUUUGGUAACGCGGAAAAUGGCCAAAUACCGCGACUCGUACGAUGAGCUGGCAAAGGGCGUCAAGGGCUAUGCGGAUGACGAGGAAAUCAACGAAAGUCUCUCCACGGGCCUCAAAAGUUUCACCAAUGCAGUGACCAUAAUGGGCGAUUACAUGGACAUUAAUGUGCACCGACUGGAGCACAAGAUUGUCAAUGAAAUGUCACAGUUUGAGCAGCUCUGCAAAUCCACGCGCGAUAAUCUGCGUCAGGCGGUCAUUGCCCGGGACAAGGAGGUGCUGCGCCAACGUCAAAUGCUGGAGAUCAAGUCCAAGUUUGCAGCCAACAAUAGCGCCGCUGAUUCGGAGCUCUUCAAGGCCAAGCUAGAGGUGGCGCGCACAAACAAAGAAAUUGAUGACAUUAUUGGCAGCUUUGAGCAGCGGAAGCUGCGCGAUAUUAAACAGCUACUCGGCGACUUUAUACUCAUCUCGAUGAAGCAGCACACCAAAGCGCUGGAGGUGCUCAGCGCCAGCUACUAUGACAUUGGCAGCAUCGAUGAGCGCGACGAUUACCUGGAGUUUCAGAAGCUAAUGAAAACUAAAGAGGAGCCCACAACGCGCAAGGGAACACUGAAGAAGGGUCUACGCUCGCAGUCCAUGGAUAGUCUGGAUCACGAGCAGCUGGUCAGUCCACUGAAGCGGCAUCAGAAGUUGUCCAGAAGCAGCAAGAAUCUGGCGGGCGCGGGUAUAGCACAUGGCAACAAGGGCGAGGAGCAGCAAGAGCAGGAGACUGAUGAGCAGGAGGACGAGGAGGUGGACGAAGACGAUGAUGAUGAAGAGGAAACUGAACAAAGCGGCGAGGAUGAUGAGGAAGAGGAAACUGGCAGCGCCUCGGACGAUGAACGCGAGCCCGCUGCCCCAGAUGCACCGCCUGCACCCAGAGAGAAUGUGUUUGGUGUGAAGCCAAGAGCCAGCAGCAGCAAAGAGAUGUCCAACCCUUCGAUGGCACCCCUGAAACCCAUACGCCAAAGCGUUAAACAUCCCUUCAAGGCCGUGGCUGCUACGCAUCAGGUGAAGCGACGGCGUGCAGGACGCGGCAGAAGUAGCGCCGGUCGCCUGGUAACCGUUGUUAAAUCGAAGCCAACCGUUUGAGAGCAUCGUUGGGUGCUUACAAUUCGCGAUUUUUUUAAUAAAUGUAUAAUUUAAAAAUA